AAAUGAUUGAUCCUACUGCAGUAUCGUCCCCCGUGGUAAUGCAGCAGCCUAGUUAUGCUCCAUACACUCAAGGAGUGGUUUCUAAUAAGAAUGAAGGUUUCGUCUCGUACCAUGCCACAGUCAGUAUGACCACACAGCUUAUUCAUCAAAACGCUCGGAUAUUUGAACAAAUUUCUGCAAAUCUUGUGACAAAUCAAAUACACGAGAAUACUCGACUUUUGUGUCAAGCUCGAGAUAACAUCUUCAAGAUUUUACAUAAGUUGAAUGAGUCGUCCUGCACGUUGAAGCAGAUGCCACCACUCCCUGUUAAGUUGAAUGAAGAACUUGCAAACUCCAUUCUUCCCCUUCCAACUCAUGCAUUGAGAUAAUGAUGAUCUCGCGAUACAAAGUCAGACAUCCAUGGCCAUUGAUCUUGAGAUUUUUCCGAGGGAAAAAUGUCAUCUCCACCGCGACAGAGAGAUCAGAAAGAAGGAACAAAGAGAUGAAUGAUUCAUGUACAAUAUUUGGGCAUGCUAUACUUGCCUUGUUGCUCGAUCCCUUCCCUGAUAAAGACUUUGUACAGUAAUAAAAUUUAGUUUAAGUUUUAUACACCGACCGACGACUGUAUUUAGAUUUUUCAUAUAUACAAUCAGGUUAAGUGUUUGC